UCGGUAUGGCUCGUCGACCGAAACGGUCGGCGCUCGUGCUAGCGGUCGCGUUAGUGGCGUUCUGCCAAGUGGUGCACUAUCGGUGUUUGGCUAGUGGCGUCGUCUCCUCAGCGUUAGCUGGCAGCAGUAGCGGUGAAGCGGAUGCCGCCGAUCUGGAUGCGGCGGAAAGCAACCACCGGGCGUUGCUUAAUCUGCCCAAGUUUGGCGAUCGGCUUGCGCCACGCAACCGUCCCAAUGUGGAGGACAUCGGUCCGGGGGUGUCAGUGUCCGUCGGUAGUGCAAGACAGGCCCGAGGGCCCACAGUGUACGGGAGGGCAGGAGUUGGGUUGGCACCGCCAGCUCACCCAUUAGCUCCGUCCAGCGACAAUGACAUCAAGCGUAGUGACGUGAUGAUGGUGAGCGGUAGAAGUGUGAAGGGUGCGGGUGUACGCGCCGGCUCCCAGGACCUCACCGAGGAGGACGAAGAGGAGGGUGAUGACGAGGAGGAGGGUGAGGAGGAGGUCGAAGCGGAAGAGGAGGAGCACGGUGUGAAAGAUGAUGGCGAUCAAGCCGGUGGUGACUAUUUCGCGGUCGAUGCGACGCACAAGGAGAAGAACUCCGACACGGAACAGCUCGCCCAGAAUCGGCUCGAUACGGUCGCGGUGACGCGUGACAGUGCCGCCAGUGCUAGUAGCGGUGUGUUGGAAAGUGCGGGUCGAAGUGCCGGCAUCGGGCUUAACAUUGCCGGCAUCAGCAAUGCGUCAUCUGCGCAGGCGCAUCGGCUCGAGAUGUCGACCGAGUUCUUCGUAGUGCCAUCGACAGCGUCGUCUGCGGCGUCGCGUUCUACGACCGUACGGCCCGGUGGGGUCAUACUGGCCGCGCGUCACCCAUCGGCUGCAUCGAGCAAUAGUGGUAAUAGUGGCAGCAGCAGUACAACGCGUCAGAAUGUGACCCCACCGACGGUAGUGUCGACGACCGGGUACGCGGGAGGUCUCCGUAAAGAACCUUGGGUAGUGCCGGUGCUGGUGCUUGCCUCACUGUCGAUGCUGAUGAUGGCCGCGUUCGAGGUGUUCGUACUGUGCAAGGCCUGGAGGACGUCUCCUAGCCGAAGGCAUCUCUUCCUCGGUCAGAUGCUACUGCUCGGGUUGUUUGCCUGCUCGGGGCUGGCCGCAGUUCUUACCGUCAAUCCAACGAUUCUCUCGUGUGCUACGAUGCGCUUCGGUGCCGGUGUUGCGUUCGCGCUCGUCUUUGCCUCCCUGCUGGUCAAGUGCGUGUUUCUGAUCAGCUUAAAUGGAGGCGUGUACUUGCCGGCACCUUACCAGGGUCUGCUGCUUCUGUUCGCCGUGCUCAUUCAGGUGGCCGUCGGUGGUCAGUGGCUGCUGACGUCACCGCCCAGUGUUGACAAUGUUCCCGUGGGUGCCGGGGUUGGUACCGGUGGUGGUACUGCAGUGUCUAGUCGCUAUCACCUUCUCCUAACGGCAGGUGAUCUAGCGGCGACCGCCACUCCCACCAUUCCGCUCUGUCACACCCCGUUCGCGGAGCUACUGCUCUCCCUGAUCUAUAUCGUGUUUCUGAUCGUGUUCGUCGCUAUAUUGGCAAUCAAGUCGCGCGGCAUUCGGGACAACUACCGUGAGGCAACGUACAUUGGCCUAGCGAUCGGUGGCAUCAUUCCGAUCUGGCUCGGGUGGACACUGUGCGGGUUGGCGGUGGCCGAUCGGCAUCGGGACGCGUGUCUUGCGUUCGGGCUGGUAGCCACCUCGUCCACCGUGUUUUUGGUGAUGUUUAUGCCGAAAGGGCGUCAGCUGGCGGCGAUGGGUAAGGAGGGUCUGUACGUGGAGGACCGCGAGGAACGCUUCAGUUCGCUGAGUAGAGCAGGGUCAGGAUAUUCGCCCUCGUUCUUCCACUUCAAACCGAUCAAGUAUGGCGUGAUGGGACCUUCGCCGACGCUGCAGACGGCGAGUGCGAAUCUCGUCGGUACAACGGCUGCCUCGGCUACUACCAAGCAUCAUCAGGCUGUUGCAACAUUAGGCGGAGAUCGCGUUGCACUGGUUACGGCACCACCGAGCUAUACGCCACGCAUGUAUCAUUACUUUCCAGCACACAUGACACACCCCUUCUGUUACUACCCCUCACUGGCACCGCAACAGGCCCGAUACCCAGGUCUAUUUAUGCGACCGGAUGAGACGAAUCUGUACACCACGCUCGAGCAGACGAUGAGCAGCAACCCGAACGUGUACUUCCAGCGUGGCGGUGGCGUUCAUCCGGGCAUGAUGUACUAGACGACGGUGGUAGCGCCGGUCCACAAACAUUGUGCCGUGUGAUCGGAUCGAAGGAUGAAACUACAACUCAAAACCCCACCAGCGAGAGGGCUAGAUAGUUAAGGCCUAGGAGCUAGGAACACCGAAUAGAGGGUCGCUCUGACCCCAUGUAUGAGAGUGUGUGAGUGAGUGUGCGUAAGCGAGCGUGUGUAUGUGUAUGUGCGUUCGGGGCUGGUGAGCCACGUACUAAGGAUGCUUCCGUUCCCUGCGCUGACCGAGUGUGCUGGCGGAAGUGGUGAUUUUAGAUGCAUAAGACAACCCUCCCCCCAUUACUUCGAUCCCCCCAACCCCUUCCCCCCCCCCCACCCAGUAAAUGUCAACGAACGCUCCACCGCUAAUCUUUCGACACGAGGGCUAACAGAGCGAACACUACAUCCUAGCACUCUCCAAUGCCAAUUGGGACCGAUAGUUUUCAUUUAGUUAAUUUAAGUAAACGAGAAAAUGUGAUCUCUCUACGGUAACUGCUAACAGAAAUUAGAGGGCAAACGGUGAAGCGCCAGCGAAGAAAGAAAAACUUCCACGGUGACACACGCACAGUAGAGUACAGUAAAGGAUGCUCCACAUACCGGUGGAACCUGGUACACCCAGCGGUACAAAAUGUUUGCUCGGCAACAGUAAAAAAAAAAAUAAAACAAAAAAGCGGUUUCGGUUUUUGGAAUAUGAAAAGAAAAAACGUAUGGGAAGUUUUAGUGAGCAAACUACAAAACACAUUGGCCAACCUUUUUGCUACACGUGAGCAAUCGCAUUAUGGUGUGUAACGGAAGUUGAGAUUCACCAGACGUAAGGACCAUCAUCCGAUAGGGAAGAAUACUUAUGCUUAGUUGCUAGGGACUCUGUUCAUUUCACGGCUAAUAUACAUAGUAGAACAACACACGUUUCACUAGUUUCAUCGGCGAAAAUGGACGCUUCUAGAAUAAUAGUAGUAUUUUCCCUAACCAUUUAAGCGAGAGAAAGCUCGCUCUCCCAACUUGGAGUGACCAUUUCAGAGGCGUUUAUGCUAGGCCAUGACAGAUAUUCUUCCCAUUUUUUUUUGUUUUGCUUUUAUUUUUAACUCACUCCCUGUGGCAUGGAUGAUUCCUUUUUUUACGAUAUAGCUAGAAUGUUUUAAGCGACAAGGUAGAACAAGAAACGGUAGAAGAAUACUUCCGAAAACUCGAUAUUUUUUAACUUCAACCAGGAAGCUUUCCACUACUUUCGAUCCUUCACUUACUAACUGUAGCCAACAAACCAGCUGCCACACUCUGUACGAAGUCUGAACGAAUGCAUACGGCGGCGGCAUCUGUGUAUAUAUUAGAGUUUAUGGAACAAGUAAAAACAAAACAAAAAAAGGACAUCGCCGGACGGUUUCGGUACUUUUUUUUUCAACCUUCGCUUUACUACUUUUUAUCCCGAGGAUACCGAGAGAUUGACGACUAGGUAGGGAGCGAUUAGCUUUUAAGUGAACGACUCGUAAAGGCAACGAACGUGCUAGACGAUUAAGGGCGGAAGCAAUAGUGUGUAAGAGAUUCUAUGAGAAUAAAUAGCGAAAAUCAGAAACGA